AUGGACUCGUCACCCACUCCUCGAGCACACACACGCUUGCCCUCAGUGGCUGGCGUGAAGCGGUCAGCGUCCUUGUUGCCUCCUUUCGAACCGUCAUCCUCACCCGGCCUCCCUCGACCUGUCAAGCGUUUCGCCCACGAUGGCAAGGAUGGGGUCUCAAAGUAUCCCACUCCAGUGCCGACGUCAUCCGCCGCUGUGCCUGCUUCGUCUCCUCCGCGCGCUCGACGUGGCCUGAAGCGAACGUAUUCCAUAGCCGAAAGAGCACCUUUGUCCACGCUUCCAGUCAUUAUGCUCAGUGGAGAUGGAGAGGUUGUCACAAUGGGGAGAUCAAGCACCUCUUGCAAUUACCAACUCUCCACUAAUCGCCUUGUGUCAAGAUGCCAUGUGCAAGCCGUGUAUAUAGAGGCUAAACUCCCAUUUAUACCAGACGCGGUGGAGGUCUUGUGCACCGGCUGGAAUGGGCUUAAGCUGUACUGUGGGGGCAAAACGUACACGUUGAAAAAGGGACAAAGAUUCGUCACGGAAACUCGAGACGCUGACAUCUUGAUUGAUGUGCAUGAUUCACGCGUACUUGUCCAGUGGCCCCGCCUGCCAAUAAAGGAUUCGACGUCCACGCACUCGGAUCAAACAUGGGAGGACGACUCACCCACUAAGAAUCUUCAAGCCGAACCACACAUGGGUCAGGCCACGAGUCCGUCUAAGAGUAACCAAGGCCUAGCAUCACCGAUCUCCCCAUCACCUGUCGUUCAAGGCUUAAGUGACUUGAUCACACCCGUGACGCCGUCCCGUUCCUUGCCUAACGAAGUCGUCGUGUACGAAGAUGAACCGUCUCCAGUAGCUCGACGAAGCUCCGCUGAAAACUCUACGUUUGAGAAAAAGCAGCUAGCUUCCCAGCCCCUAGGGAAUGCUCAGCGAAAUUCCCUCUCCGGUUCUCUUUCAAAAUCAGAAGAUUUGUCCGAGCAUGACGAGGAAAACGAUCCGAUCGUUUUUUCUUUCGGCCCCUUUGGUGCGAAUAUCCUCCCAAGAAUGGCCUCCUUCCACACUGGCGAGUCUCCGGGCAAAUCAACGGAGAAGCCGAAAACCCCGAACGCGCUGAGCUCGCCAAAGAAGAACCCAGAACUUGACUCUAUCAAAGACAUUGUCCAAAACCAUGUUAUCAACCAACUAGCAUUUUCGCGUUUAUCUUCAACCCCUCUCUCAGUCAUUAUCAAGAACCUCCCGGCCGACGUUGUUGGGAAGCUUCCUGCAGAACACUCCCAUUUCCAAAUUUCGCAGGUUACGUCUGUUGUCGAAAACACUCCGUGUAUUGGAAAGGUCAGUAGGGAAGGCAAAGAUGCCGCCGGAAAGGCGCUAGAAAGCGAGUACUAUUACAUUCCAGAUGGGGAUCAGGAUGAACAGCGACGUGAAGCGGUAGUGAAUGGUCUGAGGAAGCCCGGUUUGAGAAACUGCCGGAAACAACAUAAGCAAUAUUACUGGCGAAAGCCUAAAACACCAUAG